AAAAUGUUUGUGUUUUGUGUCUACAAAAUGGACAUAACCUGAUAGUCCGUAAGUAUAUUGGUGAUUUAUUUUCCGAUUGAAAUUUCUCCUCAUAUAGAUCUUUUUUAUUUUGUCACAAAUGCCACAAAGAAUUCCGUUGUGGGCCAAGCAAAUAUUAUUUAAGAAGUUUGACCAUGGCUACAGAAAACCAAAGUACAGUAACAGAAUUUAUUCUACUUGGACUUACAGACAAUCCCAACAUACAACUUUGGCUGUUCCAGGUCUUCUCACUUGUCUACAUGACCACGCUGGCUGGGAACAUUCUCCUUAUAGUGGCUGUCAGAACAGACAGCCAUUUACACAACCCUAUGUAUAUAUUUCUUACUAAUCUGUCCUUCUUGGACAUCUGUUAUACAUCAAUCAUUGUGCCCAAGAUGCUACUAAAUAUUGUUUUGUCCGCAAAAAACAUUUCAUAUACUGGUUGUGUUCUUCAGGUUUACUUUUAUCUUUUUAUGGGUGAGACAGAGUGCAUACUAUUGGCUUUCAUGGCCUAUGAUCGAUAUGUGGCUAUCUGUAAUCCCUUACGUUACAAUGUUAUUAUGAAUAUAGUCUCAUGUACAAGGAUGAUUGGCUUUUCUUGGAUGGCUGGGUGUAGUAUAGCCUCAUUUGAUAUAUAUUUUAUAUGCCAUUUAAAGUUCUGUGUACAUGUCACCAUUAAUCACUUCUUUUGUGAAGCUCCAUCCUUACUUCAGCUAUCUUGUGGGGACAUCACAGUGAACAACAUUAUAACUUUGGUUGGUGGGUCCAUAUUGCUUUUAAUUCCCUUGUGCCUCAUCCUCUUUUCAUACUUACAAAUUUUCUUAGUCAUUGUGAAGCUCCCUUCUGAGCAAUACAAAGCCUUCUCUACAUGCAUAUCCCAUCUUAUCGUGGUGACCAUCUUCUAUGGAACGGCUAUAGUUAUGUACAUGAGACCAAGGAAUUCAGAUACUAUAGUGACAGAUAAAAUGGUGUCUGUGUUCUAUACAAUUGUUACACCAAUGUUAAACCCUUUGAUUUACAGCCUAAGAAAUAAAGAUGUUCAAAAGGCUAUUGGACAGUUGGGAAGGUGUACAAUUGUACUAAGGUGA